AUGGAGAGGGAUUGCACGUCUCUUACCCACUUCUAUAAUCGGAGUAUCCGGGAAGAUGCAAUGCAUAGUGUAGUUGCCAAUGUUGUUGGCAUCAUUUCAGUGUCUAAAUGGGGUGAUGGUGUUAAUGGUGAACUUGCAAAGGUUAAAAUUCAGCUCUCCGAUAAUUUUGUAAUAAGGGUUUUGAGAGAGCUUCGAAACACUCCUUUAAAGGCUUACGAGUUCUUUCGUUGGGUUGGUAGACAAUCUGGUUAUGAGCAUAAUACAAUGACUUAUAAUGCACUUGCAAGAGUUCUGGCGAGGACAGAUUCAAUUGAGAAGUUUUGGAGUGUCAUUGAGGAGAUGAAGAGUGUGGGUCAUGAAUUAGAUAUUGAUACUUACUUAAAGAUAUCAAGGAUGCUUCAAAGGCAUAGGAUGGUGGAAGAUGCUGUCAAGCUUUAUGAGCUUAUGAUGGAUAGUUCGUAUAAGCCAUCUGUUAAGGAUUGCAGCUCUCUUUUGAAAAGUAUCUCUGAAAGUGAUAAGCCAAAUAUGGAUUUAGUUUUCAGGGUUUCUAAGAAAUAUGAUUCAACAGAGCACACACUCUCCAAGGCAAUCUAUGAUGGGAUUCACAGGUCUUUGACAAAUUCUGGGAAACUUGACGAAGCUGAGGAUAUUGUUAAUCUUAUGAGAAAGGCCGGUCAUGAACCUGAUAACAUCACAUAUGGCCAAGUGAUCGUUGGAUUUUGUAAGAUGAGGAGGCUUGAAGAAGCAUGUAAAGUGAUGGAGGAAAUGGAAUCUUGUGGUUGCAUCCCUGAUACUAACACUUGGACCCUAUUAGUCCAAGGGCAUUGUGUUGCGAAUGAAGUAGACAGGGCAUUACUAUGUUUACAUAAGAUGAUUGAAAAGGGCUGCAAUCUUGAUGCUGCUGUUAUAUAUGUUAUGACAGACGGUUUUCUUGGUCAAAAGCGAAUAGAUGAUGCAUACAAGUUACUAGUAGAGGUUGCUACCAAACACGGUGCAUCUCCGUCACGCAGUACAUACGAGAAACUGAUUGUAAAUCUAUUGAAAAUUGAGAAAUUUGAGGAGGCUCUUAACCUUCUUCGUUUGACUAGGAAACACAAACACACACCUAUUCUUGAACCCUUUGUGCAGUAUAUUUCUAAUUUUGGGUCUGUUGAAGAUGCAGUAAAAUUCCUAAAGAGUAAGGGAAGUCCCCGGUCGUAUUUGAUCUACCUUCGUGUUUUUAAAUCUUUGCUUGGGAAAGGUAGACUUUCUGAGGCCGAAGAUCUAUUGAGCAAAAUACCCUCCUAUAUGAGUAAAAGUAAAGAAAUCCGUGAACUUUUCGAUUCAAAUGUGUUUCGACUACGGCCUCUUAGUUGA